GCCGUGUGCGCGAGAGACGGGCAGAGCGGCGAGCGUGCGCGUGGCGAGACAAAGACGGCGGAGCGGAGAAACGGGAGAGAGACGAGACACGGGCUCGGUGCGUGUCUGUUUUUGUUUUUGUGGAGCUCUGCGCGCAUGGAAAUGUGAAGAACUGUACGAACGGAUGCCCUGAGCGAUGUCAAAGCGAAAAGAUUAUUUUUAAAUUAAUUUAUUUUUUUUCCGCGAGCUGACGACUCCCGGUCUUUCUCCACUCCGUAUGGUUUUUAAAUCUUUUCUCCAACGCCCCCCAAAAUUAGCAGGUCUCCGCUAACCUUAGCCUGAACUGCUUCACAUUUUGUUCCUUGUCUGAAUCAGAAGAAAGGAGGAAGAGGCUGCCCAGAGAGAACCGCUCCCGCCCCAAGAGCAACUUCGGAGUCUGAUGGUCAUCCACGGGGACUGAGUUACUAUGCCUAGCCCCCUGUUCCACCCUGAGAUUAUGGAUCACGAUAUGGUAGUGAGCGGCCAGCAGAACGGGGUCACUCUAGCCAGGGAAACGGACCCGGAGUCCCGGGACGAAGACCACCAGGAAGCGCUCCGCUUCGCCCUGGACCAGCUGUCACUCAUGGGGCUGGACAAAGUAGAUCCACUGGAUGGGACAACGGGAACUACCGUGUCCGAAAACUGCAACGGUGGAGGAGGAGUAGGAGGAGGCAGCGGUGGCAGCAGCGGAGGCUACGUCGACCUCCAGAUGCUGGAGCACCCUGGUGGAUCUUGCGAGUCUCCCACCUCAUGUUCCCCGUCUCCGGAGUACUAUGGCCCGGGCGGCUACCACAUAGGCGGCCCGCACUCUCACGCGGUACUUGGCGAACAGAGCUCGGUGCUGUGUAGCCGAAAGAGGAGCGUCAACAUGACCGAGUGUGUACCUGUCCCCAGCUCGGAGCACGUUGCAGAAAUCGUAGGACGGCAAGGUUGUAAGAUCAAAGCCCUGCGUGCAAAGACCAACACUUACAUCAAGACACCCGUCCGAGGAGAAGACCCUGUAUUCAUUGUGACUGGCCGGCGUGAGGAUGUUGAAAUGGCCAAACGGGAGAUCAUUUCCGCCGCAGAGCACUUCUCCAUGAUUCGUGCCUCUCGCUGCAAAGCUGGGGCCGGAGGCAGCAGUGGCGGUUCCCUCCCCGGUCCACCACAUCUGCCGGGUCAGACCACCAUCCAAGUGCGCGUUCCUUACCGGGUGGUAGGCCUGGUGGUGGGGCCUAAAGGAGCCACAAUCAAACGCAUCCAGCAGCAGACGCACACAUACAUUGUGACUCCAAGUCGAGAGAAGGACCCUGUUUUUGAGGUGACUGGGAUGCCAGAGAAUGUAGACAGAGCACGGGAAGAGAUCGAGACGCACAUCACUCUACGCACGGGUGCCUUUGUGGACCUGCAGGGUGACAACGACUUCCAUAGUAACGGCACCGAUGUCAGCCUAGAGGGUCUGGGUUCGCUGGGGCUUGGUGGUACCUUAUGGUCUCGCAGCGGUGGUCAUGGCCACACCACCCAACCUCCUCCACCUCCUCCUCCUCCGCCUCCUCUUCCUCUCUCCAUGCACCACUCCACACGUAAGCUGUCCUCUGCUUCCUACCACAACGGCGGCCUGAGCUCCGACUCCUAUUCAACCAGCCGCCGGCCCACUGAAAGCGGCAGUCCCACAAGCCCCUUCAGCACAGGCAGCGGUGGCGGAGGCUUCACUUUCGGCAGCGACUCUGCCCCCAGCUUGCCGGCCACAGCCUCAGACGACCUGAGCUUCGAGUUCAGCGGGUCCAACAUCUGGGCACCCUUCAUGAAUGGUGGCAAGCAGCCACAAGCAAUCCGCCGCAACAGCAGUGGCUUGAGCGGGGGCAACAUCACACCCCGCCUCUCACCCACCCUGCCUGCUGACUCGGCCUUGGAUCAUCCACUGGCUCGCCGGGCGCAGAGUGACCCCCUCAGCACGCUUUCCUGGCUCCAGACUGGAUCAUCCUUCUCCGGAGGCAGCAGCAGCAGCGGUGGAAGCACUACUGGCUAUUCUUCUUGCUCCGCCUCCUCCCUACCUGGAGGUUCCCCCACCGACUCUGAAGGCGGUGGCAGUGGAGUGGGUGUUGCCUCUGGUGUCCUGGGCCGGCUGAAGGCCAGUGGCCUGGCCGGUAUGGUACCUGGUGGCAACAGGGACUGCUUUGUUUGCUUUGAAAGUGAGGUGACAGCAGCACUGGUGCCCUGCGGCCACAACCUGUUCUGCAUGGACUGCGCUGGGCAGAUAUGCCAAUCGCAAGAGCCUGAAUGCCCUGUGUGCCACACCCCUGCCACGCAGUGCAUUCGUAUCUUCUCUUAAUGCCAUGCAGUUAGACCGGAGGAUGGUUGAGUGGGUUGCUGUCAUUGAAAACUUAUAGAACAUCCAGCUGUCCAGCUAUUUAGAAAGUCUACAAUAAAACUUGUAAGGAAAGAGGAGGACGUGUAUCUGCAACCUGCCUACACUUAGGAUUGACAGUAAUAAGUACCAUAUUAAAUAUGACACUAUUCUGAUGUUGAUUUAUUAUUAUUAUUAUUAAUAUUAAUAAUAAUAACUGAUGAUGACAAUAUUAUUUGCUGACUCAUGUACUUGUCCCAGGCUGUGGAAUCAGCAGGUUUUGUGGGUUUAUUAUUAUUAUUAUUUUUCUCAGAACUGAAAUUUCAUUGUGGACGAGGAGGAUGGAUACCAGUGUCUUAUCUUUCUUUAGGCAUUAAUUUUAUCUAACACCGAUGAGUCUGUCCAUGUAUUAUACAUUCCCCCUCCCCCCUUCAUUUUUGCUUCUGAGCUCAGCCUGACUACAGGUUAUUAUUUUUUUGCUUGAGACUUUUUUCUACUUGCAGAUAUUUUUCGAUUUAAGCUGCAUAGGUCUGCACUUUUUUCUAAUGGUUAAUUUUGAAAAAUUUUCAGAGGGACGGGAAUGCGCUUUGUUUAUAAUCCCGCGUGUUUGCGUUUGCUGUUGGAGUGAGCAGCAACACUAUGACAACGAGCCUGUAAUGGUGAGCUUGGGGAAAACACAAGACUGUGGAGCCUGCAUACCCGUCAGACCAAAAUAUUAGUUUUUUUUUUUUUAAUGAUUAUUGUCAAUGAAGAAUGAAACACUUAAUAUUUAUUCAAGUUAAGAGUUGAUAUCCAACAUAAUGGUUAAUGUUCAAUAUAAAGAUAAGUAGGUAGGUAGAAUAGUUAACGUUGCAUAAGAAAUAUCCUUACAGUGCUGAGAGGUUGGUGUUCCGACUGUCUCUUGUCUUUGUCUCUCUAGCCUUGCAACCUUAAAACACUCAUACUCCAGUCCAGUGGAGGGCACUGUUAACCCCUCUACAACUAAUUGUGAGCUCUGUGGCCUGUUUGUGUUCUAGCAUAGAGCAGACUGGUCAGAUACACUUCAUUACCACAGACACUCUUGUAUUUGCUACUACGAUCAAAAAAGGUCAGAUUUGUUCAUUCUAGUUUUGUGCUCUUACUCAAGGGGGCGCCAAAACUAACAUUUUAAAACACCACCACAGACACUGCACAGUCUGGAGUCGCCUUUUAGUCCACGGAAAACCUUAUCUGUUACAAUUUUUAUUGUUGGAGAGAUUCUUUUAAACAUUAGCUGUCCAGGUUGUUGCUGCAGAGUUGGACAGACGUAACCUCUUCUCCACCAACCACGAUGUUCAUUGAAUUUACUGAAUUAUAGGAUAGAUAGGUCUUUGUAACUUUGCAAGAAUGUUUCUCCUUACUGUGGAGGUAUGUGUGAGUGAGAGCGUGUGUGUGGAGGAGGAAGAAGAAAAGAGUGGGACGUUCUUCUUCUUUUUUUUUUUUUU